AUGCAAAUCCUACCCCACUGGUCUGUCCUAAUCCCUCUCCUCUUCACCACCCUCGAUGCUCUUCCACGUAGCAGGAGAGCUGUUAGAAACCGCAAUGAAGGUGACAUAAACUCCCUGUCCGGAAUCGGGAGGUAUCUGGUGCAAGGUGAUAUUGCUGUAGUAAAUACAAGGAGUCGAAGGGCUGUAAUCAAGCAAAAACAUAAGAAAUGGAAGCUACCCAUGCCUUAUUCGUUUGAUUGGAAUUUUCCCCGCCGGAGUCGUCAACGUGUCCUCGAAGCCAUGAGGUUCUGGAGUGAGAAAACUUGUGUGACAUUCCAAGAAAACAGAUAUGUCUACCCUCAUGUUCGGAUAUUUGAAGGAAAUGGAUGUUGGAGUUUUGUUGGGAAGCAACAGAGCCUGAGAGAACAGUCAUUGUCGCUGGAAUCUAGCUGUACUGAUCAUACAUUUGUUGUAGCCCAUGAACUUGCACAUACCCUUGGUUUCUUCCAUGAGCAUGCAAGAAUCGACCGGGAUCAAUUCAUCUCAAUUGAUUACUCAAAUGUGAAUCCUAAUCUGACAUUUGCAUUUGCAAAGGAAUCCGAAAAACAGCUCGACCACCAGGCUGCACCAUAUGAGUACGGUAGUGUCAUGCACUACUCGGUAGACCAAUUCGCUGUGAACACUAACCGUCCAGUUAUCUACGCUCGCGACGAAAAGUACGCACAAGCUAUGGGUAACCGGAUGAGAGCCACGUUUCAAGAUGUGUCAAGGAUGAAUGUUCUUUAUAAUUGUCAUGAACGUUGUGCGAACACUGUCAACCGAUGCCAGCACGGUGGCUACCCUGCACCAAGUGACUGUUCCCAAUGUGUAUGUCCAGAUGGUUUCGGUGGUCAAUUUUGUGAAACGAUUGAGAGUCAGUCGAUAGGUCAACGCGUGAACUCGGAUUGUGGUGGUGUGCUCUGGGCUUCCGACACCCCUCAAACCUUCUACGGAGCGGUUCGCACUCGUGUCCACUCUAAUUCUCCCCUACCAACACCGGAGCAUUGUUUUUGGCAUAUACGAGCAUCUCGCUCAAAAUCCAUCGAGAUCCGUAUCAAAAAUAUUGUGUCUCCAUGUUCCAUGUCCUGCUCGUUCAAUGCUCUGGAGUUGAAGCUAUCGAAUUUUACAAUGACAGGGACAAGAUUCUGCUGUGACGAGCACAUCUACACCUCUCAUUAUUCCAAGCAGCCGAAAGUAUUCCUUUCUGAAGGGCCACUGGCAGUAAUUGGUGCGUAUGCAAGAUAUGACUACCUCGAUUUUAAUAUUGAGUAUAGAGCAGUCUAG